CAAACUCCAAUUGUGAGCUUGGAAGAGGUGAUAGAAUUAGUGGUUGGAAACCACAACCAAUUCUUAGCCUCAAAGAUGUUCACAUCAUUCAGAUAGCAAGUGGUGGAUAUCACUCUCUUGCUUUAACAGAUGAAGGUAAAGUCCUUUCUUGGGGUCAUGGUGGAUUUGGACAGUUGGGUCAUUCUUCUAUUCAAAACCAGAAAUUUCCUGCUCUUAUUGAGGCUUUAGCUGACGUGAGGAUAACCAAUAUUGCUUGUGGAGGAUCAUCAUCAGCAGCCAUAACCGACAAAGGGAAGCUUUACAUGUGGGGAAAUGCCAAGGAUUGUCAAUUAGGGGUUCCUGGGCUGCCAGAGGUGCAGCCAUCUCCUGUUGAAGUUAAGUUUCUCAUGGAAGAUGACGGAUUGGGGAUCUACAAUGUGCUGUCUGUAGCAAUUGGGGCUUCUCAUGCCAUAUGUCUGGUCUCGAGGUGAAGUUGCCAAAAGGUUGACAGAGGCUGUCCAAAUCACAAAUGCUUCCCGUUUGAUAGGAGAUCUAAAUGUUGUACAAUAUAUGUUUGCAUGGUUGCAUUGCUGUAUCUCUUUCCCUACACUGUCACGGAUCUCUCUUUUUCUCAUGGAGAGUUGAGACUAGUGACAUGAGAUGACGUUUGAGAGGAAUAAUCCAGUCGGUUUGAUGUCCUGACACACGGUAUACGAAAACAAUUUUUUGUCUUAGCUGCUGAGUGUCGGAGUUCUUACUGUUGGUAAAAUGUUUUAUGGUUCUUUUUUUUUUCCUUUCCUUUUUACUGCUAUUCAUUGGAAUUUUUCUAUUUUUUGAGAUUUCCACUGUCUAUCAUUUUUGUAAAUUGCUAACAAAUCGACCCACCGACAUAAAGAGCUGCUAACACUGUUUACUCCAUGCUUAGUGUCUUAGGCUAGUGAUAGUUAGAAUGGCUUUUAGAUCUGCCACUGGAUUAGAUGCUGAUCGAAUUGUAUUAUGCCUUGAUCCAAAUUCCAUUAAAUUUUACUUUAU